GUUAAAAUGUUAUGUUUUUGUUUUAAUAAUUUUUCAGAAUACUAAACACAAAUAUUUGGUCAAUUUGCAAGACGGAACCAAGAGGAAUGCCUCACACAGGUCAGACGGGUGUGAACCAGUUGGGCGGUGUCUUUGUCAAUGGUCGACCUCUUCCCGAUCACAUCAGACGACGAAUAGUGGAGUUAGCACAGAUGGGCGUACGGCCAUGUGACAUCUCGCGGCAACUUCUCGUCUCACACGGCUGUGUUAGUAAGAUACUGACGAGAUUUUACGAGACAGGUUCCAUCAAGCCUGGUUCUAUUGGUGGCAGUAAGCCGAAGGUGAGGGUAAAUAUCAGUUUUCAAGUGGCGACACCUCUGGUUGUUCGUAAGAUUUUGAACUUUAAGCAAGAAAACCCGUCGAUAUUCGCCUGGGAAAUCCGUGAUCGGCUUUUGGCUCAACGAAUCUGUGAUGAACAAUCAAUACCGAGUGUCAGCUCAAUCAACCGCAUCCUUCGAAAUGCCAACGCUUUCGUUGGCGGAGAUUGUGAUUCCCCUUCUUCCGGUCUCAACCAACAAUCCCUCAGUCUACAAUCUCCGAAAUGCUUUAUGGCGGCUGCUGCAGCUUCUACCUCAAAUGUACCAGCCCGUCCGGGUUCAAAUCCAUCUGGCCCCGGUCUACCGCCAACCGCUGGACUUGCAACAGCAGCUCUGUUUCCACAUCCGGCUUAUACGAACAACUUCCUGCCCAUACCAGGACUUUCCUACCCGAAACUGGUGCAAGUUUGCAGCAACGGAUCAUCGACGAAUGGAGGAAGUAUGGAAGUUGAAUGUUCAACCAGUCCAUCACCGCGUGAUUCAACGGGCAGUGACAAAGAUGUUGACAUUAACAACGGUGAAGACGAUUCGCCGAUGCCCACUAAACGGAAAUCCAGUCACAUCACUUCCGAUGGUGGCACUGAUGAUGAGACCCCAAGUCGAGCGAUGUCUUCAAGUGACAGUUCCAAGAAAACAGACCUUGAUAUAGAAUUAUGCUCCACAGAGUCAUCGUUAGCAAAACGACGGAAAUUAACAAGCCACAAACUAGACAUUAAAGCGGAAAAAAGCGAUCUACCCAAUUUCGGGGCAGCCUACAGAUUUCCCUUGUGCGCAGGCCCCCAAUUUUUCUAUCCUCCCGUUCUUUCAUAUCCAUAUUUAACAUCUUCACUGUCAAAUACCAGUCACUUGAUGUCGGCUUCUGGCUUUGCUUGGUCUAGUGCAUUUCCCUCGCUGCUGGCACAUUCGGCGAAUCAUGUACCUCCUGGAAAAUCACCAUAAAAGACACAGAUCCGAAAGUUGGAAUAUAUUUAAUUACGUUCUUCUGAAUUCAUAUUUAAAUAAUAAAAAUCAGAAGAAAAUAAAACGAAAUAAAAACAUAAGACGUUCGAUGUGUGAAUACAGAAAUCAUGAAACGUUUAUUAAUGACAGAUAAAAAUGAUUAAUUAUAAAGUUAACAAAACAAAAACUAAAUAAAUAUAUAAAAAAAAUACAAAGAGGACUUUCGAGGUAAAAACUAUCGGAAUGUUUAUCAUAAGACGAAUUCUUGAUUUACCAUAUUUGUCAUGUUUUAUACAGAUGCACGUUAUUAAUAUCCAAAGAGAUGGAACGCCGUUAUAUGUGUGUGAGAGUACGAAUAUACAUAUAUGUAUACGUAUAUAUCAUAUUAUAUAUAAAUAUCACAUUUUAUAUACAUCACAUUAUCAAUAUAUAUAUAUAUACACACACACAUACAUAUACUAUACAUAUGUAUAUACACAUAUAUGUGUGUGCGUGUGUGUGGGGGAGUGUGUGUGUGUGCGAUAUGGCACAACGAUAGUAUCGAACAAUCGGGUCAUUAUUGAGUAGAGCACUCGAUAAUGGGCAAAUCAAUCGAAACGGUUGUUGUAUCAUUCUUUUAGAGUAUGAACUCUAUACUUGUAUCAUGUAUUGAGUACUACAUUUGAAAGUAGUCCAGUUCGAUUGAACCAAUUUCAAACGAGAUGAUAUAAUGUGCGUGCGUGCGUGUGUGUAUGUGUGUGUGUAUGUGUGUGUGUGUGUGUAUGGAGUGACUGAAUGACUCCACGCGUGUCUGAAUGUAAUUAAGCGAACAAGUACUCAAUACCGGUGAAGUAUAGUAACUUAUAUUCAAAGCUAAAUAUAGGUGAGCAGCUACUUCUGUUUCUCUUCUCUGCUUCGAGUGAAAUAUGGCGCAUACUCAAAGUUUCGCCUUUCGCUUUUCGCAAAAUGUCGACCACAGCGACCGCGAACCACCUGAGAGAUAAAAUUGCAGGUAAAAAUCCCGUGUUUCAAAUGAGACGAACAGUGUUCUCCAUUUUACUUAUUGAGUUCUUUUUUAUCAAAAGUUACACACACAUGUAUAUGUGCGUGUGAGUAUAUGUACAUAUAUAUGUAUGUGUGUGUAUAUGUAUGUAUGUAUAUAUGUUUGUAUUAUGUAUGUAUGCAUAUAUAUAGUUUUGAUUAAGGGAUCUCGAAGCACACAAAGCUAUAAAUAAUCGCAUGUAAAUAUUGGAUCAAAAAACGCAUUAGAUAGAAAAAGUUGGUUACCCGUAUGAUUCGAACUCGCAUCUCUUGUGUAUACGACUGGAAUUCUACUAUUGGAGCAAUGUAUUCUUUCGAAUCUUUCCAUCCAAUUUAUGACGUCAACAACGUGCAAUUUGUGUUAGUAAGAAUGAACUUUCUAAAUUGGAGGCAGAAAUUCGGUGGUUUACUUUGGUCCAUUGGUAGAACACCUUACAUGUCAAAAGAAGAUGUGGUUUCCAGUCCCACGGGUACCCUUCGACUUUUUUCUUUAUCUAAUAUUUACAUAGCAUUAUUUAUAAUAUGCUUCGAGAUCCAGUUCCAAAAAAGGAAUUAUUUCACAUUUUCUAGAGAAUUUUUGAAUACUUAUAACAAACGUAAGAGAAUAAGGAUUUGGAAUCCGAGCAAGUACCUUAUAAGCACUCUGAUACAAUCCAGACGUGACUAACCACAUCGAAUGAUAGGGAACAUACACAGCUGUGUAAGAUAAACAAUCACACAGUCCUUCACUAGAUCGAUUGAUCCUGAGUUCCUUGCUUCAUUGCGUUUCCUACAACAGGCAGAACCAAGACAUCCUAAAGAAGAAAAGAGAUUACAGCCUCAAAAGUUCUUUAUUAAAAGAUUAUUCUCAUUGAAUUCACAUUAAAUUUAAUUCUUCUACAUGCUUCAGUCAUUUGACUGCGGCCAUGCUGGAGCGCCGCUUUUAGUCGAGCAAACUGACCCCCAGGACUUAUUCUUUGUAAGCCUAGUACUUAUUCUGUCGGCCUCUUUUGCCGAACCGCUAAC